UUGGGAAUUGUGCAAAAUAUUCAUAACUUGAUUUGUGGAUGUAAAGCUCACAAUGAUACCAAACUUACUGCAGUCAGCAUAAAAAUGGCAGAUAUGGACUGGAAAAAGAUCAGUGCAGAAGAGUUCCACCAACUGCAGGAGUAUACCUCAUAUUCCUCAAAGAAACUUAAAGAUGUCUUAGGAGAGUUUAACGGCGAUGGCUGCUUGUCAAAGUAUAACCCAGAGGAGCCCAUUGGCUAUGACUGUUUUGUGUUAUUUAUGGAGACUUAUUUGGAUGCUCAACUACCAGAGGAUCUAUGCAAACACCUCUUCUACUCCUUCAUGAAGAAGCCUUCUCAAGCGGUGCUGGCGCCGCAAACUGUUGGUAAGGAUCUACAUCUCAAGGAUGUGGCGGCCGUGACCGCCUCCCAGACUGUGUGUGCUCCCAUUACACAUUUGGGGACUGAAAUUCUGGUUGAAAAAGAUAGGCAUCAUUCAGGAUUAGCUGAAAAACUCCAUGGCUUAACCGAAAAACUAAACCUCCACAGCCUGGGCCAUAGUCGGCAUGAUAGCGGAGGUGGUGAAAUAGGGAGGCGGAGUCGAGCAGGCUCUACAUCUGUAUCUACUCAUACUUCUGUUGCCAUGACAACCAAUCCCAGUGUGGAGAAGUCGUUGAUGGCUAGAGAUGACAGUCAACUAGAGGCCACCACCCACUCCCGUUCAUCUUCAAAGAAAUCCAAUCACAGCAUACACUCCACUCAUAAUGGUCACUCAUUAGAUUCUGUAGAUCCAUGGAUACCUCAGUCCAAUUCCUCCUUACCUCGGAGCAACAAUGUGGAACUGAAAUCCAUUCAGAAGCGAUUGGGCAGCAGCGAUAUCAAGGCGGGCCAUAUCUAUCUGAAGGAUUUAGUGUGUUUUCUGUCUCUGCUGGAGGCAGGGAGACCAGAAGACAAAUUAGAAUUCAUGUUUAGGUUGUAUGACACAGAUGGCAAUGGAUUACUAGAUGCCAGUGAAUUAGACUGUAUAGUGAAUCAGAUGAUGUCGGUAGCAGAAAGUCUAGGCUGGGAUGUUAGUGAAUUAAAACCUAUUCUACAAGAUUUGUUGAAGGAGAUAGACUAUGAUUCUGAUGGGACGGUGUCUUUGGAGGAGUGGAAGAGGGGAGGGUUAACGACUAUCCCUCUCCUUGUUCUACUAGGGCUGGACACUAAUGUGAAGGAUGAUGGAACACACACAUGGAGACUGAAACAUUUUAACUACAAACUAAAACCAGCAUACUGUAAUCUCUGUCUUAACCUCCUGGUGGGGCUGGGCAAACAGGGUCUUUGUUGUACAUUUUGUAAAUACACAGUCCAUGAAAGGUGUGUCCAGCGAGCACCAGCGUGUUGUAUCACAACUUACGUCAAAUCCAAGAGAACCCCACAGACUCUGAAUCAUCAUUGGGUAGAAGGCAAUUGUCCAGGAAAGUGUGACAAAUGUAGAAAAUCGAUCAAAACCUACAAUGGCCUGACGGGCGUACACUGUCGCUGGUGUCACAUAUCUUUACACAAUAAGUGCACGUCCCAAGUGAAGCCUGAAUGUGACCUGGGGGAGUUCAGAGAGCACACCCUCCCCCCAACCUCCAUCUGUCCAGCAGUGCUAGGACCAAGGUCAGGAAAAAAUGAGAAGAAAGAAUUACAGCGGUCAGAUUCGGCCUCUUUUGAUUGCUCGAAAUUAUCCCAAAGUAUAUAUUUUGGUCAGAGUUCAUUUCAAAUCACACCAAUUCCAGGAUCUCAUCCAUUGCUUGUGUUUGUCAAUCCAAAGAGUGGCGGAAAGCAGGGAGCUAAAUUAAUCAGAAAAUUCCAAUAUCUACUGAAUCCACGGCAAGUUUAUGACAUGAUCAAGCAUGGUCCAACUCAGGGGUUACAGUUCUUUAAGGAUGUUCCGGGCGCUCGCAUCCUGGUGUGUGGUGGAGAUGGGACGGUGGGCUGGCUUAUUGAUGCCAUGGAUAAGAUGGGCCUCACUGAGCGCCCACCCGUGGCCGUUCUUCCACUGGGGACGGGGAAUGACUUAGCCAGAUGUCUGCGAUGGGGAGGAGGUUAUGACGGGGAGAAUCCACGGAAGACCCUCCAGAAAGUGUCUCACAGUGUGAAGGUCAUGAUGGACAGGUGGAAGAUUGAAUUCAGUAAACCAGAGGAGGGGGAAGAGGAGGAGGAGGGCGACCCGGUUCCAUGCAAUAUUAUCAAUAACUACUUUUCCAUUGGUGUUGAUGCUUCCAUAGCUCACAGAUUCCAUUUAAUGCGAGAAAAGCACCCUGAAAAAUUUAAUAGCAGGAUGAAAAAUAAGAUGUGGUAUUUUGAAUUUUAUACCUCAGAGACUCUAUCUGCCACAUGUAAAAACCUCCACGAAGAAAUAGACAUAAUGUGUGAUGGUUAUGCCCUUGAUUUGGCCAAUGGUCCACGAUUAGAGGGUAUUGCACUUCUAAAUAUUCCAAGUAUCUAUGGUGGCACCAAUCUAUGGGGAGACAACCCCAGCCAGAAGAAGCGCCGAAAAGCCCAGAAAGCAGCCAAAAAGGACAAAGACAGGGAAUUCUCUACUAGUAGCAUGUCAUCAGCUGAACUCUCCAUUGCUGUACAGGACGUUGGUGACAGCAUGAUUGAAGUGGUGGGGCUCGAGAAUAGCAUGCAUAUGGGUCAGGUCUACGCGGGUCUGAGGGCCUCAGGGCGGCGCCUCGCACAGUGCACUCAGGUUGUGAUCAGGACUAGAAAAAGGUUCCCUAUGCAGAUAGAUGGUGAGCCGUGGUUACAGCCCCCUUGUACUAUAAACAUUACACACAAAAACCAAGUACCUAUGCUCAUGGGACCCCCUUCCACAAAAAAGACAUCCAUUUUUAAAAUGUUCAAAAAGUAAGGCAUUGUAAAUGAAACAAAAAACAACAAACUACCAAUGGCAGCAGAAUACACACAAAACCAGCGUAUACCCGCAAACAAGAUGACAUUUACUGGACUUAGUGCAGCUUAAUAUCUGUGUAACCUCGUGUACAUAUGCCAGUAGAGUUACAGCUGUAGUGAUAUCUGUGUAUAUGUCUGAUCACUCAGUCUACGUACGCCAGUUAUAGCUGUAGUGAUAUCUGUGUAUAUGUCUGAUCACUCAGUCUACAUACGCCAGUUACAGCUGUAGUGAUAUCUGUGUAUAUGUCUGAUCACUCAGUCUACAUACGCCAGUUACAGCUGUAGUGAUAUCUGUGUAUAUGUCUGAUCACUCAGUCUACAUACACCAGUUACAGCUGUAGUAACAUCUGUGUAUAGGCCUGAUCACUCAGUCUACAUACGCCAGUUACAGCUAAAGUAACAUCUUUGUAUAAGCCUGAUCACACAGUCUCUUCAUACUCUCUAUUUAAACAGUCAGCAGUUUCUUUUUCCAGAACUCUAUUUGAAUGAAAUUAUCUUAGUGGUUAUAGAAUUAGGCAGGUAAACUUAUUUUGAUCCAUUCCUUAAAAAAUAACUGGCAUAGAGAAUAAUCUCUUUAUCAGAUAUGUGAGUGUAUGUAUUAGUUAUAAGUAUACCAUAGUUAUACCAUCACUAAUCCACAACACCUUUGCAAAUGUAUUGGUUAACUUCAGUGUAUGGAGAAAGGGACAGUAUUUUGUGUGGUAGACAUUCUUUAAUUGAGUUAUAGAUCUAGUUACUCAAUAUCAGAGUUGGUGCUUAAUUAAGACCAACUUUAAGAAGACUUUAUUUCUUUUCUGGUUUGGUAUGCUAGAAUAAUCAGGGGCAUAUACAAUCUACUGAAGUGUGCAUAAACUUACAAACUCAAAAUAGAUAUUUGUUUUCCUCAAAACUGAAAGUAAAGCAUUUGAAAGGCAAGUUUCAUAAUAAAAUUCGUUAAUGUGAUCUUAAAUGAUAUUGGGUCCUGCUGGGAGGGUCCUGAGCAUUUCUUCCCUACUGGUCCUGGGUUUCAGGUCACAGAACACACCUGUUUAAACUGCAGUGGAUGGAAACUGUUAGACUGAUACUUGUAUGAUAAAAUCUUGGCAGUAAAAUGCUUAUUUAGUGUGUAGGGUAUCUCAACCCUUAUUCUAAGACAGGGACUUAACAGAAACUAAGAAGGUGAGAGCAUAGAAUUUACUGUCAUAGUAAAUACAUGGAGAUGCUGCAAAGGAUACAUGUAUAAUAUUUGUGUUAAAUUUAAGAUGAAAUCCAAUUCAUGAUGGAAUAUGAAAAAUAUAUAAAGUUAACAAAAUUACUAAUUAUUUUAUUUGCAUAAUAAAUAUUGUAAACAAUAGAAUUUUUCCAGAUAACAUGUCACUUCUUUGAUUUGGAAGUUUAAGUGCUAAAACUGAAUGGUGAUUAAGAAAACACAAAAUAAUGAGCAAGAUUUCAAAUACUAAUAAAGGAAAACAAGUUAAAACCAAUUUAUUUUGAAGCUUGAAAUAUUUUUUUUAAUAUUUGAGAACAAGAUUAGAUUUUAAUAUGUUACAAAAUGUACAUACAAUUUUUGUAAUUGCUGGCAAUUGCAGUGUUUGUACAAAGAGCUUCUGACUCGUGUGUGUAGUAUCUAAGAUACAUUACAAAACAGAUCAACUGAGAUGAACAAGCACAAACUAUAGAACACAUUCAAUCUAGGUUGUUUUUUCUGUAAAGGAAAAAUCUUACCAUUAAAAUUUUGACUGUCAUAGGUUAUAUAUAUAUAUAUAGGAGUUUGUCUUCCGUUCAUUCCAACAGCAUUCAUACUAUCAGGGUGUUUUUCCUUAACUGAAUAAAAUUGCUCGCCUAGAUUUGAAUGUACUUGUGGCAUUGGAUUUCAAUUUUUUUUAAAAAUCUUGCCAAUAUAUAGUUAUGAUUUUAUUUAAGAAAUUUAUGUGUAGUGCAUUUUUAACUUGUUACUGAAUUAUUGUAGAACAACAGUCAAUGUACAUUGGACUAAGGAUAUAACAAAUUGAUAAGCAUGCAUACAUUCGUAUCAUUGUAAUUUAUUGUAAGUCUCUCUUGCUAAUUUCUUAAUGAAAAUAACGUUAUCAUGCAGCAGAUUUGAUCAUAGAAGAUAUUUACAGAUUCCAUUGUGAACUUUUAUAUUCAAUUUGUGAAAUUUUCAUACAUGUUCUGGUAUUUAUGUUGUCUGAAAAAUUAUUUGUUACCACAUAACAUUUGUUGUAGUUCCUGCACACCACCCCCUAAAAAACCAAUAGAUGUGGUUAUAGAUACCAACUGGUGGUCUUUUGUGCUUGUUUCUUUAAUCAAUCUUAUCGGUUAUGCAUUGCUCAGAAAACAUUGUACAGAAAUCAGCAUAUACGUUUCUUUUUCUUGUAAACAGAUUUUUUUUCUGUGACAAAGAAUCUGGGGGAAUAUACUAAGCUUCAAGUCAUAUGCCUUAGUAACUACAGAUAAAAAAAAUCAAUAGAUAUAAAUAUAUUUCUCACAAAUUUCACUUUUUGUCUGAAUAUUUAGAUUGCGUGGUGUAGUGGUCAGGGAGGAUUUGUUGAAACAGAAGUCUUUUUAGGAGAGUGUUCGUAUGUUAUGUUUUUUUUUAAAACUUUGUUAUUAAGUAAAGGUAUAAACUAUUUUUCACUGAAAAUAAAUACAUGUUUGUAAUAAUUAAUAAAACCAUUUACCGUGUUUUUUUAAUUGGUAGAUAAAAGAUUGACAUAAGUGUAUUCCAAUUUGUAUUUUCUUUUACUACAAGCGCUUUGCUACCAAAAACUCACCAUUCUCAUUAUGUAGACAUAAAAAUAUCUGCGCAAUACGUGUUAACACUCAAUGUAUCAAUGUGAAAGGCACUACCCGUGUUAAAAAAAAAUAUGUAGCAGAAAGAGCAAGGUCGAUUGUGUUUGUUUAUAAUCUAUCUAGACAUCUUUAUUUGGUCAGUACUGACAACACAUCUCUAUGUCUUAGUAAAUACAUGUCGAACGAUUGUGAAAUGCCAAGUCGCUAUGUGGGCAUAUGGCUCGGCUAAUCACCCAGAUUCUUUGUGCAUUUUCAUUUUUAAAAUUAAUUUUGUUGAAAAUUUUAAUGAAAUUUACAUUUUAUGACGUUUUUAAGUUUUAAUAUAUAUAUAUAUAUAUAUAAUAUCUGCCGAAAUUCCAUGUUGAGUAUUGUUUUUAAGACAGAAAAAAAUGUUUGCAGUCAACCUGUUGGUAGGAUGGGCAAGCUCAGAUUGUUUUCCCGGAGAUUCUCUCUCGGACUGUUCUGUAUAUGCUUUAUUGCCCUCCAAAUUUGAAAUGACAGUAAAAAAUAAUGACCCAUACAAUUUUUAAAAACUUUUUCAGGCUGUGAAAUGAAUCGGUUAAAGCAUAUUUGAAACACACAAGAUUGAAGACGGAGUAAUACACGUAAUCUAGCUGUCUCUCAGCUUAAAUGUACUGUUUGUGUAGUUGUGUUUGUAAUAAAAUUCAUUUUCCGUGGACUGUAUAUGUGAAGGUGUUGCUGGAAACUCUUACAUUGAAACCAAAUAUUUGUGGUGCUUGCAUAAAAUGGAGCAUUAUAUACAUUCAUGUAUAGUUAAUGGUGAGAUAUUCUGUAGAAUCGUGCUCUGAAAAGUCUGCGUUAUUUUACAAUUUUCUUAAGAUUUUGUGAGUGUAUAUUACAAAGCAUACAGAGGUAGUCUGACAUGAUGCUAGAUAGAUUUUUUUGUUUGUUUGUAUUGUUGAUUUUUUUUAUAUAUAUAUCGGAAGUACCAAACUGUCUUAAUUUUUAUAUAAUCAUACAAACGUGCUCACCCACUCUUAAAUAUCGUUUUGUUCUUAAGAUUGAAAAAAUAGGCAAAUGUAUUUAUAUAUUAAGUGUAAAACUAAUUCAUUGCUUAAUUACAUAACUUUAAGUUUGAGUUAAUAUAUAGAUGUUGACAUAUUUGGUCUCUGCAUAAUUGCGCCACGAGGGAUUUCUCGUGAAAAUCAUUGUGUAUGUGUUCGUUGUUUUAUUAUUAUAACAUAAUAGAAUAUAUAUAUAUUUUACUCGGUAAUGUUAACAUAUUGAAUUUCUCCGUUACCAAAUAAAUAUUUCACGAGUUCUGUUA